GUUGUCAUCAGUUGUCAUAUUGACCUGAUAUUGACGUAAAGACGAGUAGUUUUAUUAUACGCGCCUGUGUUUUUUUAAUUUUUAUCAAUGUGAAAUCAAUUGUAGUUACCAUCAAAGGCCAUUAAAUAUCUUAAACAGUGUAUCAAUGUUAUUUAAAAACACACAAUAGACAUUAUAUUGUCAAAAUGGAAGCAUACAAUGAUGUAGUUGAAAGGGCGUACGCUACAGGCGUACAGGCCACUAUGUGUUUUAUGCUUUCUGUUUUUAUAUUUACCAUAUCGCUUCUAUCUGGAAAUUGGCUGAAAUAUUCAUCGGAAAUCGGAACUAUAACAUACUGGGGCCCAGCUCUGUAUUUAUGUUUGCUGAACUUCGGUUUGCGGUAUUGGUACAAAGGAUUCGCAUAUAAAGUAGCAGUCCGGGCAGCAUUUCUCGGAACAGCAUUUGCUGCAGGCGUCUUCCUUGCCACAUUUGACAAUGGCUGCAAAGUGUUUGGGCUCUACAUUAUGAUUCUAACAACAUUCCAUUUCUCCGAAUUCAUGUCAGUGGCCCUCACUAACCCAUUGACGUUAUCUCUGGACUCAUUUAUCUUGAACCAUAGUGUUCAGUAUGGUGUCGCGGCUGUCGCUAGUUGGGUGGAGUGGGCAGUCGAGUUCUACUUCUUUCCUGAAAUGAAGACUUGCUUUUGGCUGUCCACGAUCGGCGUGUUGAUGUGCAUCGGUGGCGAGAUCCUCAGGAAAUCGGCAAUGUUUACCGCCAAGACGAAUUUUAACCAUACUGUCCAAUUUGUGAAGAAGCCAGGCCAUGAGCUGGUAACACAUGGAGUGUAUUCAUUCUGCCGGCACCCCAGCUAUGUGGGAUGGUUCUACUGGUCACUUGGCACGCAGAUAACCCUGCUCAACCCAGUGUGCUUGAUCAUCUAUGCAUUGGCAUCGUGGACGUUCUUCCGUGAACGUGUCUACGCCGAAGAGUUGACCUUGCUCUCGUUCUUUGGACCCCAGUAUGUAAAUUACCAGAAAAAGGUUGGCACCGGACUGCCCUUCAUCCAUGGAUAUGUCCCUGAGAACACCCGGCAGAGGAUGAAAGACGAUCACUGGAGUUACUGAGAGUUACUGAUACUGGCGCAUUUUAAGAGCAUUUUCGGUGUUAAUUGUGAUUUGAGUACGGACAAGACUUUGACCGAGUCGGCGUGGACUCCCGACAUAAUAGGGUCAGGUAGGGCGUUGUAAAUCCUUUUACCAACUUGGAAAAGGAGGCAUUUGACCGGUUUAUUUUUAUUUGUAUUGACGUUUAUAGUGUGCGCAACAAGAAUUUCUUGGGUAAGUACGGUAAAGUGCAAGUUAGGAAAAAAUAGUUUGGUCAAAUAGAAGUGGUUUAAAGAUGAAUAAGUAUGAAAGAUCCUAUUAUAUUUUCCGCAUGUAAAGAUAAAUUAUUUUAGUUUGGUGCGCGUACUGGAGCAAUUCUUAACAUAACAUCUUUUAAUCAACAAUUUUUUUGGCUAUUUUCUUGUAGUUUAAAAUCAAAGUUUACAACAGCAUAAUAUUUUAUUUAAAUAUGUUUUAUCAAUGCUAGACCGUAAAUAAUAGAGGUAAAAUUUAAGGAAUCUUGACUUUGAAAUAUGUAUUUCGAAUCGACAAUAUAAAAUAAUUUAGUACAAUUUUUCUUAAUACAGUAAGCUGGGGAAGGGAGGCGUACAGCCAAAUAUCUGUGACUUUUAAUGAAACCUGUCUAGUCACACGUAUUGUAUGUUUAGUCACAAUUUUAUUAUGAAUGUUGUGAAAUGUAACAAAUACUUAGGUAUAACGUUUUAUGUAUGUUCUUAAUAUAUUAGCUCGGUAAAUGGAAUGCUGUCCAGAACUAUAGCGUUCUAAGAGAACAAAUUUGGCAGUAGAAUACAGUAGUGUCUAUGGACCGGUUCAUAGUCUUAUCGGAAGCCAAGCUGAACUCACAGCUAUUUUAUUGUGUCUGGGUUAUUACCGGAGAUUCAAGGAACAUAUCCCUUUUCCCAUUUGGCGUUGUAGGUAUUAUUUGAGAGUGGUAAUCAUUCACCAUCUUAGUUAUUCAUCGGUCUUUUGUUAAGACGGAAAGAAACUGGCAGUGGUCGAAGUUUUUAUUAUUUGCCUGAAGGCUCAUGUAGUGAUUAUUUAUACCAAUAUUUUAAAAUUAUAUGGAUAAGUGAAUGGAUUAUUAGUGAUGAAAUGGAAAUGAUCAAGGACUGGUUUUUCUGAAAAAA